ACGAUACGUGCCGGCGUCGCGUUCUACACGCUCAUCUUACCUCCUCUCAUUGAUAUUUAUCAGUGUCCGAGUAAAAAAUAGUAAAAUACCCACUUGACCCAGCAUUCAAAUCAGUCACUAAUUCACAGUAAAAAAAAAUUAAAUCAAAAAAAUUUAAAUCAAAUCAAGAUCCAGCGGAAGGUCAGAGGAUCUAAGAGAGGGUGAAGGAUUACUUGUGCUCACUUGUACCCAGUGACCAUCUGGUUCACUGCAGAUUCAAGUGGUAGAUUCUUACCGCAGACUGACCGUUUCAAACGUCAUUCAGAAGUUUAACUCAAUCAGAUUUGUCCCAAGUAUUUGGAGAUUCGCUAUCUCACCGUAAUCCUCACUGAAAAUUUAAUUCGACUUCCGUUAAUUUCGAGCCUCGGUAAUUUUUUUUACCAAUCAAAUUAAGUGGAAAAAAAUAGUGACAGUUAUCAGUAAAUAAAUAAAUGGAAAAAAUGUCAGAAGUCGAUCUUGUAAAAUUAUAAAUUCUGACAUGUUAUUGACCCACGAACAAAAGCCUAAUAAUGAUAAUAAUAAAUAUGAGCAAAGAAUAAGGGUAUAAUAUAAUAUAUUUAUAAGUUGUUUAGUAAAGCAGUAACCAGACGGACAUAAGAACCCAACACGUAGUGAUUUAUCGUCGUGGGUUAAGGUCUUAGACCGUUCGAUUAUGUUUAUAAGAUGUUUUAGUGCAAAGCUGUCUGAUGGCUGUUUUAUGGGCCAACUUAGAACUCAUUAUUACUUUUUUAUGUUUAAAUAAAUUAUCAACGCUGGUCAUUGACUUUUUGAAUAAAUAAAUUAUUUAUUUAUUUAUUUUUAUUAUUAAAGUGAUUUUUAACAUAAAUAUAAAUAAUUAUAUUUAUCAAGUAUCGAGUGAUUGUGAUGACAUAAACUCGUCUUUAAGUUUAAUUGGGUUGUAUUAUAAGUAAUUAGCAGUUACUGUGUAUUAAGAGGUGACACUCUUGACGUCUAGACUGUUAAUUAAUCACUCAGCGUAAUAUCUUAGGAUAACCAAAAUGAGACUUCUCUGGAUGUUUAUUAUCAUGGUCGCUGCACUACCAGCAGCAGUGCCCUGGGAAACGGAUCGCAGUAAGCCCAUGCCACGUUUGUACGGUGACAAGAUUCCCACGAGAGUCUUAACGCCAAGUAAUAAAAAAGUUCAAAGGAAAAUUGUUCUUUACCACAACUUUUUUCGGACUCACGUUACUCCGACAGCUGCAAACAUGCUCGCUAUGAAAUGGCACAGUGGAGCAGCCAAAGCAGCGCAAAGAUGGGCCGAGGCCUGCUAUGCACUCACACAUGACAAUGCCACGGGAUUGCAUAUCGACGCGUUUGGUAGCUGCGGACAAAAUAUAUUUAUUUCAACAGCUCAAGUUCCUUGGUUUUUUGCCAUCAAAACCUGGUACCUGGAGCACAAAAUAUUCAAAUACGGUCCUCACGCAAAAAAUGACCUAAGUCAGGUCGGGCAUUACACGCAGAUGGUUUGGGCGCCAACCCAUCGUGUGGGCUGCGGAUGGGCAAAGUGCAACGGUACCAGAGGGCCACGCGGACAGCCCUACUUCAGUUACGUCUGCAACUACUGUCCAGCGGGUAAUUAUCCAGAUCGUCUUGGUACGCCUUACAAAGCGGGGGCUCCGUGCAGCAGCUGCAAGGAUCAUUGUCGGGUUGGUAAACUCUGCAAGAAUUCUUGUCCCUGGGCUGACUUGUGGGCUAAUUGCCGACAACUUUACGAAACGUGGCCGAACUGGCUCUGCGAAAGUGACACACAGCAGGGACAUGAGCGUCGUCAAUUUUGUCGAGCAACUUGCAGAUGCCGGGACAAGAUUGUGUGAACUCCGAUGUCCAAAUCCACCACCGGCAGUGAUAAUUUUAUUUAAUCUCUAAAUUAUUCAUUAAUUAAUAUAUUAGCAUGUAUGUGAAUUCUGUCAUGCAGUACAAAAGUUCAAACGUUGCCCCAAUGGAAUUUUUUAAAAAAACUUUCAAUAAAAAUGCACACCAAUUUUUUUUACCAACUUUCAGAAUGGAUUUUAGUCGAAAUUUUUCACCCGGGCUACAGACAACUUACUUCUGAAUACGUAGAAAAAAAAAUUAUUUCAUUCGGCCGAGUAGUUCUCGAGUUACAGAGAAUCCGUAAAUCCGUACGUUAAAAUGUACGGAUGUACGGAUUCAAUUUUCCCGGUUAAAUAUCAACGGAUUUCAUUGGAAUUUUUUUUGAAGUUGUUUAUUAGGGUGUCCUCUGUUGACUGGCUUACAUUUUUUAUUAUUUCGCGUUACUGGAAAAAUUAUACAGAUGGAAAUUCGCCGCACGGGCAGUUGGGGUGUGCAACUUUAUUUUUUAAAAAAAUGUGUUUAUUUUCGGGAGAUUGUCAAAAUGUAGGAAAAAGAAUAAAAAAAAAUGUAUAAUGUAUUUAAAUAUUUAAAUAAUGUAGUUGAUAUUUGCAUAUAACGUAUAAAGGGUACAUGAGAGCCGAGUGUUAUAUGAUACUGUUAGAGUGAAAAUUCCCUUGGGGCAUGGAAAUCGGGAGCGAGAUUUUUUGAUAUUUGUAAACGAUAAACUGUCUGUAUUUUAUGCAUGCAAUCUGUACAUAAAGUAGAGAGCUAUAUAUAUAUAUAUAUAUAUAUAUAUAUAAAUAUAUAUACGCAUUAUCAAAGUGCUACUUCUCCGUGCUCUGUAUAAAGUUUAAUGAAAAACUUGUUUGCUACUUUAUUUUUAUUAUCGUAUAUUCAAAUUCUUAUAUAUACAUACUUAUAUAAAUACAUACAUACUUAAUAAUAAUAUAUAUUUAUGAAAUAAUAUUUAACUCGAGUUUAAAUUACGGUGCUCUUUAUUUUAAUUUACUGCGGAUAAUGUUUUGGGUAAAAAUCAUGGUGGCCAUUUUUGAAAAUAGAGAGGGGGCAAAAUGGAUCAUUUGAAAUUUUUCAAAAUUCCGGAACAUUUUUUUUAAUUUUAUCUUUUUUUUCUCCGACCCAUUUUACCCCCAUUUCAUUUUAAUGGCCCGAUUUACCCCUUACUAAAUUUGUGAAAAAAAAAAAAUUAAGACAUUUUAUUCUCUGAGCAGUUUAUCGUUUUGUAGCUGCAUCGAACUUGAGUGAAUAUAUAAUAUAUAUAAAUAUAUAUCUAGUUAAUUUAAUUUGAAAUUAUCUAAGUGAUAAAUGUGUUACAAACGUAUAAAUAUAAAUAUAUAUAUUAAUAAAUGAAAAAUGUAAAAUAUUUGUCGAUAAAUAAUUUUAAUUAUUAAAUUAAAGUGGUGAAAAAAUGUAUUUUAAUUGAAUAAAAAUUAAAAUUAUUAAUAACUAUUAUUAAAUGUGAAAAAUGUUUAAAAUUAGAUAAAUUAGAUGUAUAAACAAUAAGUUGAGAUAAAAUAUUACGCAUGGAAAAAUAAAGUUGGAAAUGUGUUGAGAUAAUUAUUUGUGAUCAAAAAUAUAUAUAUAAAGAUAAUUAUAAUUGGUAAUAAAUAAAAU